AUGCGCGACCGCUUGCAACCCUUCCACGGCCUCUACUGGCUCUUCCCGCUCAUCGCCUUCGUCGUCUGGUGGGGCACGCUUCUGGGCCUCUUGCUCUGGUGGGCGGUCGCGGACAAUGCGAAGCAAUACCAGCCUGGACAACCAACUAUUCUCGUCAGUCCCCCCGUCUCCUCGUCGCGUGCAGCAGGAGAAGCUGACUCGUGUUCGAACCGGCAGUACGUUUCCAACGUCGGCGCUGAGCCGCGCAAGCAGGCGCUCUUCAUCGCGGGAGUCUCGACGACAGCCGUCUUCUACACCCUCUCGCUCCUCAUGGAGCGCUGGCUUCGUCACCUGCGCCGCAUCCCCGGCGCCCUUCGCAAGCGGGACCGCAAUGCCGACAUCGUCGCAUGCGUCUUCGGCAUCCUCGGCUCGAUCGCGCUCGUCUUGCUUUCAUCGCUGAACGACUUGGCUUUCCCCAAGGCGCACUGGAGUAUGGCUGCCGUCUUUAUCGUCUGCAUCGCCAUCUCCGCGCUGUGCCAAACCCUCGAGAUCAUGUGGCUCAAGCAGGACCACAUCGACCGCAAGCACUUGCGUCGCAACGCCAUCGUCAAGUGGAUCAUCGUCGUUCUUGCUAUCUGCUGCGCGAUUUGCUUCGGCGCGACCUACGGCGUCUGCGCUGGAUCGGGAAGCAAGAGGCCCUUGACCUCGCGCUGCGACCGGAUCAAGUCUGUCGCGGCCAUCUUCGAGUGGACGAUCGCGGGCUUGUACGGCGUCUACCUCGGCACGAUGGGCUUCGACCUCUGGCCCGCACACAAGACGCGCAACCACCUCGGCAUGUCGAAAGACUUCCUCAUCGAAGGGGACCGCAACAACACCCUCCACGUGCACAAGAACCGUGCCCAGCCAGGUGCGCGCGGUGGAGUGCUGGAGGAGGUCGAGAAUGGCACGGCGAGACCGAGUUUGGCGAGCGAUGGACAGUAUGGGAGGUAUGCGGAGCCCGUCGCUCAGUCGAACGGGUUGAUGCAGCCAGAAAUGGCGCACACGGGACACGGACAGGUGCAUCGGACCGUUUACUAG